AUGGAGGUGGAGAAUCAGAAGUCAAGAAGGUAUCAAAGGCUACGCAAUUGGUUCAAUAGCAAGCAAAAGGAAGCAGAUAGGCCAUCAUCAUUCAGUUUGAACGAGAUACAAGAUGGAGCAGAAGAUGCAAAUGAUGAUUAUGAGGGCAAUCUUUCGCCUCGGUCAUUGGAAUUGGAUCCAUGCAUUUCAACAAAUAAACUAAGGAUCUUCGUUGGUACUUGGAAUGUUGCAGGCAGAUCUCCUGUAGGAAGUUUGGCUGUUGACUUGGAUGAGUGGUUGAAUCUCAAGAAUGCAGCAGAUAUAUAUGUUCUUGGGUUUCAAGAGAUUGUACCUUUGAAGACCUUAACUGUGAUAGGGGCAGAGGAUCCAGCUGUGCCAACAAGCUGGAACCAGCUAAUAGGAAAAACACUGAAUGCCAAAUUUGGAUGCUCUUGGAUGACACCAAUGCAGAAUUCUUCAUCACAGUUAUCAUGUGAUGACAACAGUUACCAGUAUGUGGAGAAUCCAAACACCAAAGGUGGCAACAGCAACAAUGAUAAGUACACACUAGUGGCCAGCAAGAAGAUGGUUGGAGUUUUCAUAAGUGUAUGGCUGAGGGAAGAGGUGUUGAGGAAGUACAGUGUCUCAAAUGUGAGAGUUUGCUCAGUGGCAUGUGGGGUGAUGGGUUAUUUGGGAAACAAAGGAUCAGUGGCAGUUAGCAUGUCAAUUGAAGGGACAAGUUUUUGUUUUGUAGCAGCACACUUAGCAUCUGGUGAGAAGAAGGGUGAUGAAGGGAGAAGGAAUCAUCAAGUAGCAGAGAUUUUUAGGAGAACCUCUUUUUCUAGGACCACAAAAGACCAUCAUUAUCCGCUAACCAUCUUGGGCCAUGACCGAAUAUUCUGGUUUGGGGACCUCAACUAUAGGCUAUACUUGGAGGACAAUUUUGCUAGGCAUUUGAUCACAAAGCAAGAUUGGAAGGCUUUGCAAGAGUUUGAUCAGCUUCAGAAAGAACUAGAAGAAGGUGGAGUGUUUGAGGGUUGGAAAGAAGGUGACAUAGAAUUUGCACCCACAUAUAAAUACUCAUCCUCCACUUCCAAUAGAUACUGUGGUAGCCUCCCAAGUAGAUAUGGAGAAAAACAAAGAACUCCAGCAUGGUGUGAUAGAAUUCUAUGGUAUGGUAAAGGAGUGGAGCAACUUCACUAUUUUCGUAGUGAAAGCAAGUUCUCUGAUCAUCGUCCAGUUUCAGCAUUUUUCUCUACACAAAUUGAAAUUAAAUCAUCAAGCAGAGGACUUGUGGGCCUGCAUAAUAUCCCCCAAACAAUGUUGAAUCUCAAGAGUGGGAUGAACAGGGGAGAUGAAGAUGGAAAAUCUUCCUUAUUGUCAUUGUCAGCUAAGACUGUACAAGAUGCUAAUACAAACUUUAGAUUAAAGGGGUAA